AUGUCUCAACCGGCCGACUCAAGACGUUCCGCAAGGAUAGCUGGGGAGGUCGCACCACCUCUUGAGCAACCUAUUUCUCUGUUCUGUCUUGUGCAGGGCAAACCAACAGAGAAGGCAUUUCCAGUUGAUGUUGAAAAAAACAAAACAGUUGGCCACCUGCGAAAACUGAUAUGGAAGGAGACUCAAGAAACAUUCAAGAACUUAGAUGCCAAAGACCUCACUCUCUGGGCAGUCUCUGUACCAAUAGGGGAUGGAACAGUGCAGGUUGAUUUAGCUCAGGUCGAGAAAUGCAGGUUACUUCCCAGGUCAAAAAUAGCUAAUACAAUUUCAGAAGAUGAUCUUGCUGAUGAAGGCUUUUAUGUCAUUAUAGAGCCACCAAAAGGUAUACACCUGCCCAUCGCGCGUGUUAUCAAACGCCUCCAGGAUCCCAUCUGCGACGGUAUAAUAGUCGAGCUUUUAUAUUAG